CGCAAACCGCAUGCGAGGUACCGGUACCUCGUAGGCUGCGUGCGGACUCGACACCCGCGAGUUGAUUGUCUGCGGUCCUUUUCGCUCGUCAUCACACGUGCCUUGCUAUUGGUCCAGUCUGGCACUCCAAUCUUAGCACACGGGUCCCUUGCCUGUGCUGGUGCUGCCCUGUCCGUCCUUCCCAGCCUCCGUCCAAAAGUAUGGCGUUAGCCUGGCUCCCUCCACCUCCCUCCCCCCCUCCCCGCCGGCUUGCCUUGCUCUGCUCUUGCAACCCCAUCUCACCUCCUCAACCUCAUCCCAUCACUCUUCAAUCCCCUUUUCCAUUCCCACACUCCCCAUACCCCAUCACAACCCAUCAUGUCUACCCGCAAGAGAAAGCAAGAGGCCGAGGAGGAGGAAGAGCUCCAAGCACUUCCAUCCGACGAGGAAGAGAGCGAAGAGGAGUAAGUAGCACCCGUCCUCCUUUGACGUCAUGUCUUCAUACCCAUUUUCCUCCCAACGUCGCCAAUACCCAAAAGCACCUCAAUUGCGGUCGCUUUCCAUCGUUAUAUCGAACUGAAGCUUCCAUGUCGCGUGUCCGAGCUUCGUUGUGGCUGCGCGAGCUGCUUCAGUGACAGCUUCCAGCCUGCUCAAACCAGAAACUGGACACCAGACACAUCCAGCCUUGUCGAUUUUCUUCUUCUCCCCGUGCCUGUCGUCGUGUGUUCAUGCUCUAUCAGGAUCGCAGGUUGCGUCUUCGAUUCAAAUUGAUUCUUCCUUUUCCGCUUUCCCGCGCUUUUGUUGAACUGAUUACUCCGUACUGCUUGUGUAUAUGUGUU